ACGGGAAAACAACCGGAAGUCAUCCUUUCAUUGCUUUGCGACGAACUGCGAACGCAGCGAAAGAUUAUUUACAUCUUCAGCCUUCGCUCUAAACGCUUCACAUUUUAUCGAAGCCUCUGGGACUCAUCUCCGCGAGAAUGACCGAUAGAUACAACAUCCACAGUCAGCUGGAGCAUCUCCAGUCUAAGUACAUCGGUACAGGACACGCCGACACCAGCAAGUGGGAAUGGCUGGUCAACCAGCACAGAGACUCUUACUGCUCCUACAUGGGACAUUUUGACCUGCUCAACUACUUCUCUGUGGCUGAGAAUGAGAGCAAAGCCAGAGUCCGCUUCAACCUGAUGGAGAAGAUGCUCCAACCGUGUGGACCGCCAGCAGACAAACCUGAUGACGCUUAAAUUGCACUUGAGUGAGCUGUGGAUGUUUUUACACGAUGUUUAUGCUUCUUUUUUUUUUUAUUAUUCUGUUGGACACAACUUUAUUUACUGCUAAACAUAUUCAAUGUUAAGCUGUUCUGAAAUUUCUGACUAAAACUGGCCCUAUUUGACCGUGCCAUCACUAAAUGGACUGUCCAGUAUCACAACAGACGAUACCUGGACACAGAUCUUUACAUUGAUGCUUCUGGACAACUUAAAAAAACAUUUACUACAAAUGUUGAAGAAAGCAAAGUAGGAAAUGCUUCAAGAUCUUAACAUUUCCUAGUAGAGAUGAUGGAAAAGACAGUGGUGAACUUUCAUCUGUCAAGUAUUGUAUUAACUGAGUUGUGUUCUUCUGUUUUGAUUUAAUUAAAAUUCAUGUGUUCCCAUU